UGAGCGGGAUGCGUCAGCAGUACAUUCACGUUCCCACUGAAGGACAAAAGGAGGAGACAGAGCAGAGCGCCUCAGCUGCCCGCAGCCCCGUCAUAUAAAGAGAAAAAGAGAGUGUGGAGCUUGAAUGCUGGGGAAGGGGUAAGGACUGUUGCUGUGGACAGGCUUCUUCUCUGGGUGCAUGUGUGUGUCUCUGCCUUGUUCUCUCUCUCCUCACGCUUGCCCAGCUUGCGCCGCAGAACGCCGGCCAGCCCACAGGCAGAGCAGGCAAACAGCCACAACUUACUACCUCAAGACGCGGGAAGAAAGGAAUACUGCAAGAUCUGCACCAGGGGGAACACGCUACAGAGUCGUCUUCGAGACAGCCCUCUGAAAAUCAACUGCACAUCCACAGAGCAGGAUCAGUUGCUCCUUUUCUGACACUGAAAAGAGAGAGAGAGAGAGAGAGAGAGAGAGAGAGAGGAAAAAAAAGAAAGAGGAAGAAAGGGAGACGGUGAGAGAAAAGACGGCGUGAGAGAGGGAGAAAGAGAGGGAGAAAGCAGGAAGGAACGACUGCUACACAGAGCUUUACUGCUGCGCUACUGCCCCCUUCCUCCCCCUCGUGCUCCCGCACCACCACCCCCGAGCCCCCCUCCAGAGAAAUUGACGGAUUAUUGCUAACUGUGCACACGGCAGUCCGCAGCUGCUACAGCGACGGGCAGGAGAACGCGGUGAGUUAAAAAAAGCAAGACAGAAUGUCCGCAGUGUGCGUUUGUUCGCCUUUUUUGUAUUUCUCAGUGCACAGCUAAUCAACUGGACAAGUGUCGGAGGAGGUGGACAACAGCAAACUGAGAAACUGGUUAGUCUUUAACAGAGGAAGAUAUCGUAAAAGACUUGGGACCUCAUUCCCCACUCUAUUCUUUUUUAUUUUCUCCUUUUUCUUCUUCUUCUUUUUCUUCUUCUUCAUUCCUUUGCUACAGUUUAUUGUGAUUGCAGUUUGGCAAUGCAGUCUUGUGAAAAAUGUCCAGCGGUAUUCAGCAUUGGCUUCCAAGGACAAUCAGUGGGGGGGCUGAGAGAUCUCGUGCAAUCUGACUGGAACUGUGCACCUGCUUAGCUCACUGGGCCUUACGUCUUGGAACAGUUUUCCUAAACACUCCUUCUCUCUGGAAUUCAAAGGAGCCAUUUUGUCAAAGUCAUUCACACUCCAGUUUACUUUUUGAAAAAGAAAUAUUUCAAAAUGUUGCAGACAUCUUGCUGACCGCAGUGAGGAUUGUGUGAAAUAAAAGGGGAGGUACAACAGAGAACUCUGAACUAAUGAGCACCAUCCUGCACUGUCGAUGGAAAACAGAAUCAGAGUCUUGCUCAAACCAGGGUAGGGCCACUGUUCUCCGUUCCCAAGACGAAUCCCCACACGAUGUUGAAUUAUGAACGCGCCACAUCAUGAGUCUCUUGUGGCAGGUAACUGUGCACCGUGUCUGGAACGCAGCCCUGCUCUGUGCAGUCUACCUCAUGGUGCGAGCGUGGAGUGUGUGCGCCGCCCCCACUGGACCGCAGAACUGCCCAGCUGUCUGCUCCUGCAGUAACCAGUUCAGCAAGGUGGUGUGUACGAGGCGCGGCCUGGUCCGAGUGCCCCCUGGCAUCCCUGCCAACACACGCCACCUCAACCUCAUGGAGAAUAGCAUCGAGAUAAUCCAGGCUGACACCUUCCGGCAUCUGCACCACCUGGAGGUGCUACAGCUUGGUAGGAACUCCAUUCGACAGAUCGAAGUAGGGGCCUUCAAUGGUCUCACCAAUCUCAACACCCUGGAGCUCUUUGAUAACCGGUUGACCGUAAUCCCCAGUGGUGCUUUCGAGUACUUGUCUAAACUGCGGGAGUUAUGGCUCAGGAACAACCCUAUCGAAAGCAUCCCAUCUUAUGCAUUCAACCGUGUCCCCUCGCUCAUGCGUCUGGAUUUGGGUGAACUAAAGAAACUGGAGUAUAUAUCUGAGGGUGCUUUUGAGGGAUUAUACAACUUGAAAUACCUAAACCUUGGAAUGUGUAAUCUGCGGGAGGUACCUGUCCUCUCCCCACUGGUGGGGCUGGAGGAACUAGAGAUGUCAGAAAACUACUUUCCAGAGAUCAAACCUGGAUCCUUCAGGGGUCUAAAAUCCCUCAAAAAGCUCUGGAUUAUGAACUCCAGGAUCACCACAAUGGAGCGAAAUGCUUUUGAUGAUGUCACAGCCUUGGUUGAGCUCAACCUGGCUCACAAUAACCUUAGCUCUUUGCCCCAUGACCUUUUCACACCCUUGUGUUAUCUGGUAGAGCUGCACCUGCACCACAAUCCAUGGCAUUGUGACUGUGACGUUGUGUGGCUGGCCUGGUGGCUGAGAGAGUACAUCCCAACCAAUUCCACAUGCUGUGGCCGCUGCCACACCCCUGCCCACCUGCGGGGGCGCUACCUGGUAGAGCUGGACCAGAGUACCUUCCAGUGCUCAGCUCCUUUUAUUCUGGAUGCUCCUCGUGAUCUUAACAUAUCUGCGGAACGAGUGGCCGAGCUCAAGUGUCGCACAGCCCCUAUGUCGUCUGUCAGAUGGCUCCUUCCCAACGGAACAGUUCUGACCCAUGGCUCCAACCAUCCAAGGAUAUAUGUGCUUAAUGACGGAACUCUGAAUUUCUCCAAUGUGCUUCCGUCUGACAUAGGUGUGUACACCUGCAUGGUGACGAACAUGGCCGGGAACUCAAACGCGUCUGCCUACUUGAACGUGAGCGCGGCAGAACUCAACACCUCGGAGCACCUCAGCUACUUCACCACAGUGACGGUGGAGGUGGUGGAGCCCACGUCGGAGGAGGUGAUCAAGCCCAAGACAGUCACGGCCUCGCCCUCUGUCUUCCAGCCCGUGUUCAUCUCCACACCCACUGUUCUGCUGCAGACGCCCCGGCAGGUCAGCGUGCCGACCGUCCGAGGGACAGUGCGUCCACCCGCCAGCUUGGAUGAGGUGAUGAAGACUACAAAGAUUAUUAUUGGUUGCUUCGUCGCUGUUACACUGCUUGCCGCUGUCAUGCUGAUUGCAUUCUACAAGCUACGCAAGCGACACCAGCAGAGGAGCACAGUGGCGGCUGCCAGGACUAUAGAGAUCAUUCAGAUGGAGGAGAACGUCCCACCCAGUGCUCCAGGGACAAGUAUACCUGGAGAGGGGGGGAUGGUGCUGCCAGGCCUGAGAGAUCGCAACAGCACGUACAAACCCAGCUACAGCACCUACAAACCAGCACAUUCUGCUCCCUGGACAGAGAACAACAUUGGCAACUCUCUGCACCGCUCCUCUCGGCCCUCCACCAUCAGCACCAUCCCUGAACCCUACAUGAUCAAAACUCACACAAAGGAGAAGGUACAGGAAACCCAGAUCUAACACUCCCAUAACUUUCUCUUCCUCUGAGCCCUCUUCUGUUCCUCAUGAAAACAUGCAAUAGAAUGCACAAAGAAAAGACAGCGAUUACUUUUGUACCCAGUGCAAAGAUAAGACUGUUUUUCUUGUACAUGCUUAUAUAUAAAUAUAUGAAUAUAAAUAUAUAAAUUAAUCCACUAUGGGAUGGUAAGAGAAGCAGAUUAUAUAAAAAUGAAAAAUGAAUUUAAACUAUUUUCUAACUUGUAACUUCUAUUUAAGAUGGAAAUAUGUGGAGAUACUGACAUGACACCACAGAUGGGGUCAGACUUGUUUUAAAAGGGCACCCUGAGGUUUUUAGACCAUGCUAGACAGGAUCCAUCUUUCUACACAACUGUCCCCAUAAGAGUUUUUACAGGUUUGUCUUGUAAAAGCACCAUGAAUUUGUAUUGUGCCAAAUGUCAAACAUGCAAUAAAAAAGUUUGGUUAAAGAGAUAUCAGAACUAAGCAUCACAAAAUUCAGGCUAUAUUGAGGCAGUGAUAAGGAAGUUCCCCAGAAUCUGCUGUUCAGUAGCUAUCAGCCAAAUGGGUUUGGUCUAAUGAGCUAUUUUGCAGUGAGUGUUUAACUUCAUAUAUGCGGAAUAGCCAGCCUUUUUAUUGGCCCCCUGUUUCUCAGUGAGAAACAAGGAAGUAAUCUUUUCCGACUCUUCUUCCCUUAAAGUCCCAUUGGACCCUGACAAAUUUGCCAACAGUGAAUCCCAGUAGUUUUGGCCAUUUCUUUCUCUGUUACGGUUACUUUCCUCAUACUUUUAAGAUCCCCAAAUGCUUUCUUGAGACUUGAGUGGCUUUUAGGGCUAAAAUAUAGUAAAUGUAUUACAACAGUUGCCUCAGAUUAGUGGAGUAAGGGCUGAAAAGGGUGUUCAUUUGCAACAGUGCAGAGACAGUUGCCAUGACACAUUGGUGUACUGCAAGUUAACAUUAACAUGACUGCUUACAAUUCUUUCUCUUGAGAAGGGGAUACAAAUGAAUGUGUGAAUUAUGGGCUGUCCUCUAUGGUGAUCGUUCAAACCGUGAAUUUUCUUUGUCCUUAUUUUGAGCAACACUAUUUUUAUGAGGAGUCUACAGAGGUUACAACAAUAAAACAUUUGGUUUGUAUUUCUCUAAACA